GCCAUGCCAGGGUCUCCAACCUCUCCAACCUCUCCGACGUCACCAACAUCUCCGGUAUCUCCCAAUAUCGUCCGGAUAAAUGACGAUAUCUGCAAGCAGCUUGAAAGAGCGUCCAGUGAGCUCCGAGAGGCUUACCACGCAUCCGGAUACGGAGGUGCAAACGAGUGGGCAAGGGGCUGGACAGAGCUCGUGGACACGAUCCUGCGCAUAGAGCAGUUCGGUCUCCUGACCGAUACCUCACGAUCCAAAGCCUUGAACGCAUGCAGGAAAUGCCUCGCACUCCGAAUAGCAGUCGAUGAUAUCUAUAUCCACGCCGAUCGUCUUCGAACUGUUCUCGAUCCUUCAACGCGAUAUACCGAUUAUCCCGAGGCCUUCUUUCAGUAACAACUUUACAGUGCAUAAGCACUUUCAUGUGGGUAACAUGAAAGUGCCACGAGGCUUCUUUCCGGCCAUUAGAUCACAUUCCACCCACGCCUUCGUUAUUCGUUCUUCGACGAUAUCUUCAUUUCGAUACCAAACCG